AUGGUUAUGUCCAUGGAUGAUGGCAUGACUCUUGCCGUAGGGAACAUGCUGUCGUAUCUACACUUUACCCAGGAGACACUCGUGGUUUGGUUCCUUGGCUGGGUUCCUAAGAGCUCUGGGGCCAUGGUUGGCACAUGUUUCGCACUGUUUAUGUUGGCGAUGAUCGAGCGCUGGAUAGUGGCUUGUCGAGGAGUGAUGGAAUUUCACUGGAGCCAACAGUACAUCCUUUUCCUUCUUUUGUCUCGAUACUCUACCAACUCGCACUUCACUCCUCCCUUUAUUCCUGCGCAUGAUAUCUCACGUGGGGUCAUGACGUUCCAACUAGGUUUCAUAUUAUCCCUUGUGGUGGGGCUCGGAGUGGGAGAAACUCUCUUUGGAAGGUUUGGUAGUGUUACGCAUGCGCAUUAA